AUGGCGUUUAGAGGUACAUCUGAUAAAUUAUUUCAACCAAAUAAUGAAAAUUGUUUAGGCUUAGUUCAACUUCUUGGUAAGUACGAUGAUGUAAUGGCAGAACAUUUAAGUCAAAUAUCUAAAAAAUCGAAUAGAAAACAUUACUGCAGUCAUGAAAUUCAAGAUCAAUUGAUAAACUUAAUGGCUAAUAAUGUUCGUGAUACUAUUAUAGCUAAUCUUCAUGAUGCAAAAUAUUAUUCAAUUAUUACAGAUUGUACACCAGAUAUAAGUAAAUCAGAACAAAUGUCAUUCACUGUUCGUUUUGUCGAGAAAGUUGGAAAUAGCAUAAUUAUAAAAGAACAUUUCAUUGGUUUUAAAACUGCUACUGAUUCUACCGGAUUAGGUCUUUCACAGCUUAUGUUGCAAACACUCAAGGAUAACAAUAUUGAAUUUACCGACUGCAGAGGACAAGGAUAUGAUAAUGGGGCCAACAUGAAAGGAAAAAUCAAGGAGUUCAGGCAAAAUUAUUAA